CAAAGAUUUGCAUGUGAUCAAUGUGUAACGAUGGCCACUGGGAGGCGCAGAGAAACGUCUUUUAAACAAUAAUCAUUAAACAAAAGCUUGGGUUAGAAGCAGAGCCUUGCUGUAAUGUGGCCACAGGGAAAUGGCGAAGCGGCGCCUCGGCAUUUUCCACCUCUGCCAUUUGCACGCCGCCCCAAGCAGCCGCAGCGGCGUCUCACUCGCAUUGCAUUGCAUUGCAAAUGCACAAAAUGCAGCAAAAAUUAGAAAUGCAAAUGCACUCCGAUGCUGGCGCUUUGAUGAGUCGUCGUCGUCGUCGUCGGUUGCUUCUUCUCGCUGUUGCUGUUUGCCUUUUGAUGAUGCGCAUGCGCACCGUUGGCCGAGUGCAAAAACGUGCGGCCACGGAAAACCGUCGACUGCGUGGCAUCGACAUCGCUCCUCCUGAACAACAAAAAAAAAAGAAAAAAAAAGGCAUUAAGGCAGGCAGCACGUGCGCGCAUGCGCAGCAAAUAACUCGCCCAUCUUCCACAUUUGCUCCUCGUCGCACUGAAACUCCUACUGCAGCAUGGAUGCUGCAGCAAAGGUUGCAGCUAAGAUUGCAGCUAAGGUUGCAGCUGGAGUUGGAGCUGGAGUUGGAGCUGGAGAUGGAGAUGGGGCUGGAGAUGGAGCUGGAGUUGGAGCUGGAGUUGGAGCUUAAGUUGGAGCUGGAGUGGGAUUCUUCAUCCCCCAUUGAGCGCGGGGGGAAUGCCAACAUGCUCGGCUACUUUGUUUAUUAAUUCUUUUGCGCAUUUUUUCGCGCUUGACUCCGGCUUGCUGUUCUGUUCAGUUGAGUUCUGCUCGGUUCGCUGCAGUUCGAUUCAGUUUGUUUUAGCCGGCGGCAAAAAGAUUAUUGCCGGUUUUCAUUAAGAGAUUUAUGGCUCCCAGUGAGCAGGCUGCAUCGCAUCGUUUUGCGGCAUCGGCGUCAGCUUCACCAUCACCAUCACCAUCACCAUAAGACCAUCAACAUCAGCAUCAGCUGCUCCCCAUGCACUUGACCGCCGCUGGAUGCCGAUGGCAUUCGUUCACGGCCUUUAGCCGGUUUCAAAAUUCAAAUUCUCAAAUUCUAUGCUGCAACUGAGGUGCACUGGAAAAAUCUACUUCCUGUUAACUACUCCAAAACUUAGAUUAAAUAUUUGCUAUUGCAAUCCCAUUUGGGAUUUGGGAUUCUGUAUGUGAAUUUCAGGAAAUAAGUUCUACAUUUUCCUGCUAUGGUACCCACCAACAACUAGAGAUAUCAGCCCCAUUUUGCGCUCAUUUCUCCCAGUGCAUGCGCCUCCUAUUUGCGUUUAGAUAGCUAUCUUGAGCGCUGGGCGACCUUGUUGCCGGUUUUGGCCGACAGACGACGUUUGGCCAAAUGUCAGGCAAACGUCUGCGACUGUCUGCAAAUUGUGUGUGAGAACAUAGUUUUUUUCCCAUAUAUCGUUUUUAUAGUUCGAAUUGAAUUCGAGCCAGGGUGGCCCGGAGUUUGACUUUAUCUGCGCGCCAGCCACCCCACCCAUUAGCCUUUUUAUUUAUACGUUAAAAAUGUGUGCAAACAGCAGCGAAAAGAGCAGCACCACAUAUUGCCAAUAACAGCGGCAAAAAAAAUAGAUAAAAAGAAAACCAAAUUCAAAGAAAAAUAAACUUAAACACAUCGCAAAGUGGUUGGCUUUGACACUGCGCAGCUCGAUUCGAUCGCGGGGUGGUCUUGGUAACACGGACUCCGGAUUGGACUUCUCUUAGCCAACAACUGAACUAGUGGCUAGUGGACUACUGCUGCCAAUUUGCUUGCCAAAUGCCUCCCCGCAGGUGC